AAGACCGAUUUUCAUGACUUGAACCGCGAAACGUCAAAGAAAAUGGUCGAAAAAAGCCCCUUUCCGUCGUCUAAAUGAAAUAUUAACGGUGGUGAAUAAACGUAGGAUUAUAUCAUGGUUUGUAAGGACGACAUAUAUGCCUGGUUUAAACAAUUGGAUGGCAACAAACGCAUCGAUUUCAUGUGUGGACUGUUGCAUAUGUGCCUGCCCUGUGAACACAGGUUCCUGGGCUCUGUUGUCGAGGACCUGGGAAAGAGGGAUUAUCAUUACCUCAGGGAUUCGGAGAUCAAAUCAAAUAAUCCGGCAGAGCUCAGCAAAUUAAUCAAUGUCCGUUUCAAAGAAACUAGAAGCAGGAUAAGUGUUGCUCUAGCGCUGUUGCAUUCUUACAACAAAGAAUGUGCAAGUGUUCUAUACAACAUUUUGAUGUCUUCAUCUUCUGUGAUGCUGGAGGAGUUCAUGCCUGACGAUCACUUUACAGAGGAAGUGUUGUUACUAUUGACAAUGGCAGUGAACCAUCCUGCAUUUACUCUCGAUCAAAGACUGAGCCUAUGUAAAAUUCUAAUGAAGCUGCAGAGCUUAACUGAACCUCAGGAAGAAAGUCUGUGUUCUCAAGAAUGUCAUCCACCACCACAAGAAAAAGCAUAUAUCAAAGAUAUUUCUGUGCAAGGCUUUCACAGACGGAUGUCGGACAACAAAUAUGAAUUUCAUAUGCAGGUGACGUGGUCUGACGAUACUCUGACAGAAAUUAACAAGACACAUCAGGAACUCUACGACUUCCAUGCCAAGCUAAUCAAACUGUUUCCUGAAGAAGCCGGUGCUCAUAGACACGACAGACGUAUACCCUUCCUUUGUGCUUUUAAACGACAAUGCAACAACAAGGAAGAAUUUGAGGCGCAGAUUCUGCCGAACGUUAGCGAUUACACAAGACGUUUGGUGCACCUUCCUCGAAGACUUCUUGAAUGUGACCACAUCCUGGACUUCUUUGGUAGUGUCGGUGUCUCCCCUGUGGGGCCCCUGAGAGAACAAGAGGGCCCCGAAGAGGAGGGCUAUGAAUCCACUAGCCCAAGACAGGUUCCUAGUUUGAAUGAGGAGAUAUACCUGCCAAAUCAUCGUGGUUGUAUUCAGAGUUUCACUGUUUACAACUCAAACAUGAUAGAGGCUGUAAAACACCCUUUGGAUCAUCCAGAUCUUCUGAUGCAUGUUCAGCAGUCAAUGAUGGCAAGCAGCUUCACCAAUACAGUCUCCACAGUUACUACGAAUCAAAGGCACAUGUACACGUCAACCCAGGCAAUGACUUCCCCACACUGUUCUCCACUACCCUCUCCCCUGCCCUCGCCACAUAUCUCACCGUCAUCCCUUGCCCACGGAAGCCGUCCUUCUUCCCCCAGCAGCAGACAGGUGCCCGACUCGAUCCCUGCUUGGCUCAAACAGCUUCGUCUUCACAAGUAUUCAGAGAAACUUAACAAGUACUCAAUGUCACAGCUGUUGGCAUUGACAAGCAAGGAUCUGGAGAAUGAAGGCAUGACCCAAGGUGCACGCAAGAAACUUCUCGGCGAGAUUGAAAAAUACAAGAAACAACUGAGCCAGGUGAACGGUGUCAUCCAACACUCUGACAGCUGUAGCACGUGUACGACUCCUCCCUCUCCAACCGUCACAUGGCAUACACCACCUACCCACCGCUCGUACCUGCCAUACACCCAUGUCAUCUCUCCUACUGCCUUGUACUCCACCCCAAGCAGCAGUGAGACGUCGCCUUCCUGCUCGGAGUACUCGAGUCCAUCUGCUAGUCCACUGCCGAGCCGGCAUCCCAGUCAAAGUAUCGAAAGCUCUGGCUCUGACGAAAACGAAAAAGAUGCUGAGAGCAAUGGCCAUUAUCAACAUCAAAUCAUCGACCAGUGCCCACCGAAUAAUCUGGAGGCGAUUACCAGGAUGGUGCAAGACACUCAUAUCGUUGCCAUGCAGCCGUAUGUGCCGAGAGAGGAGAUGAUGCCAGAGGGUGUCCCACAUGUGAUGGCGUCAAGAACCAGCGGAUAUACGUCUGAUCCUACCCCAAUGGUUCCCGCAGGAUAUCAGAUACAGCAGCGGAAUCUUCCCUCACCAAGACCUCAGUUCAAACCUCUGCCAUUGGUCAAUCCGAAUGGACCUUAUCCAAUCAUGUCGAAGAGUGUCGUUGAUAAUAAUAAUUCGAAUUCAACAAGUCCUGUGCCACAACAGUUGAGAGCGACUGGUCCGGAGAUGUAUCACCCUCACAUUGUGCCUCAUCAUAAUCUCCAUAUCCCGAUGGUGCCCAUGUCAAACAUACCUGUGGAUAAUAUCAAUAAACAAUAUAUGGCAUUGCACGAUACAAAUAGCAUAGCCAGGCCAAAUUCACAGCCGAAUGUUGGUGAGAGGCCAGCGAAUAUACCAAGUCCUGGUCACAUGAAUAACGGGUCUUAUCCGCCGCCAGUAAUUGGACCGCUAGUCACCGAUAAUAAUCUGAAUAACAAAGGAAAUCACGGGUCGUCACCGAAUUUGGUAUAUCCUGGGCCUGUGUACCAUGCAUGUGUGAACUCUCACCAAACGACAACAACACUGUCCAUGCAGCCCCCGACACCUUCUCAUACCCCCACCUCACAGAAUAAUGGCUGCAGUAUGUGUGGAUGUAGUGGUGACUGUAGCACCACCAUGAAUUCAACACCGACAACGCAGACGCCAUUGACAUAUUUCCGAUUUCCGAACAUGCCGCCACAAAUGGGGAUAUUUCCUCACCUCCCACCCGGGGCGUUUCUCACACCAACCUCAAACGGGAUGGUGAACCCGCUAAAUAACAUGCCAUACCCACCCAUGAACUUUCCAAACGGGGUCACGCCGGAGGUUUUGUACGGUCCUCAGUUCACUGUUAUGGGAGGUCAUCACAUCCCGGCACAUCUGAUGGCGCAGAGUGUACCGUUCAUUGCCCAGUGUCCCCCAGGUCACCCGGCGAAUGGCACCAAACCAGUGAAGACUUUAUCGUGCUAUAAUUGUGGUCAGAUUGGUCAUCGAGCGACCGAAUGUAAGGAGCCGACCAUGGACUCUAUCACACAUACAGGUCACUUCCACAUGAACUAUCUUCCGAAGACGGAUAUCGAAGACAAUCGUUGAGGGGUGCAGAUGGCAGAAUUGGAUCUUUGAACGCCCCUGUUUCUAAAAUGCAGGCAGUUUGGUCGUGGAUAUGUCCUACAGGAAAGAAUGUUGGCAAAGAUGAUAAAAACGAUUUUGAAAAUUCAGUGGAAAUAUGUUCUUCUUAGGAGGAUAUUUUGAAGUUACGGAUAUGUUGCUUUUGAGGAUUCUGGUGUGCAGAGGAAAAGAUGACCCAUUAUUCACUUUUUAGUAUAAAAUUGAAUUCGACGAUUCGGGGGAAGAAAAUGAUGGAAAUCUACCAGUUUGUUAUGGUUUUAGCCUGUGGUGUUUCCCAUCGGAUGGUUUUGCACGCCAUUAUAUUUUCUCAGCUGGCAAUUUAUCAAAUUGUCCCCAGGCAUUUCAGUUCUCAUAUUUUAUCGGCUGGACAUUUCUUAAGUGGCAUCGGAUUGGUUGUUCGAAUGCCAUUGAGCGAUUUAGCAUUUUUGGGGCGUGCAAGUGAAGGUACCUAUCAGUUGAAUCAAGGAUAAAACGCUGAAUUGUUUGAAGAACAGAAAUGUUCAAUUUGUGUAUAGUUUUAAAAUAUUAAUGCUCGAUUGUGUUCCAUAGUUGCCCUCUGCCAAAUAUAAUCCCGCACAAGUUUAAUGUGUCGUGGAUGGUUUGUAAAUUUGAUUGAGAGCUCAGUAUUUUCUUCAAAGGAUAAAUUAUGUAAAAAUACUAUACAUGUUAUUAUUAGAAAUGUGAUUUUGUAGAACAAACAUUUUUGAUUUUAAGAGAUUUUUCAAAGACGUGCUUCAUGAGGAGAAAUGGAACAUGAACUGAAAACAUUACGUGGCAGAUUGAUCAGUUGAAAUGGUGCAGUACUGACGUCUGCUGCGGAAUAUGAAAGUGAGGCUCAAAGGGUAAAAACACUAGCAAUACGCAGAUGCUGACUCAGUCGCAAUGUAAAUAGGUGCAACUUCAUAUCAGACAUUUUCUGGAAAUCAUGAAUUUUUUAGAUUGUACAAAUCAGAUGCUUUAUUCAAACUUCAUCGUAGUUUUAGACGGUUCUGUUGGAGUGCCACCGAUACCAGACUGCUAAGAGGUGUAUUUUUUCAACUGUUAUGUUUUUAUGAAUGUUGCGUGUUAAGGAGGUGUUGAGAGGAAGAGGGUGUUAUGUAAGAUAAGGAUUCAUUUUGAACUGCCGUAGGAAACUGGACUGCUUGGUGCCUGAUGUGGUUAUGCGGGGGAAUUCCUUCGAAAUCGUGAGAUCGGGAAUGUCAACGGGUGAUGCCAGAUGUUAACUAAGGUGGUGGUGUUUUCUUGAGCACACUCAAUGUGAUUUCAGCUACAGCUGCAGGAAAGAGAGGUGGGCUUUUGGAGAUUCGAUACUACCGGUAGUAGUUUUUCGCUAAUUAUCUCAUAAUUUUGUUGUUAUGACUCUGUGGCCUUUUUACCUAAACUUAGAUCUGAUGACUCAAGUGGAGAAUCUUCAUGUUACCGCAUGCUGAACAAUGCAUAAUUACUGACCUGCUAGUGAUACCUGGAUAUCUGUGAUUGUUUGAUCUGCUAUGAGAGAAAUACUCUCUUGUCACUUUUAAGAUCAGUUGAGUUGGUGUCGGGCAUCAACAAGUGCAUGUGUGCAUAGCAUUGGUUACAGUCUAAAGGAGCAUGUUGAUUGGCCAAUUUGACCAUGAAUGAAUGAAGACUGGUGACUGGUUAUUAUUGAUUUGACUGAUCUUAUGAAGGUGAAAGGAGAGUAUGAUCCUGUCGCUUCCAUUCUGUGUUAUCAUGAAAGACUAAAAUCAAUAAUAGAGGUCAGGUUUGAGAUAAGCCUUUGCAAAUAUGCUGCACUGGCGAUUUUGUGUUCUGGCUUAUGCGGGUGUACCGAUGUUCUUCACUGACUCUAUGUCUGCUAAUAUUGGUGUAUAUUUCCAGGUUUUUUUUAAACGGACAAAGUAUAGUUUACAUCUUGUAUUAAAACUAUGUAAUUGAGUAUAGAAAACAGUAGAAAAAUAGAGAGGUUCAGAUUUUGAAUAAGAAUGACGUGGCACACUGGUGUUCCUAACAAAUGUAUUAGAAAUCAAUUGACUUGAUGAUGUCAAUCACUUUGUUGUUCUCUGAUUGAAAUGUGAACCUCUCUAUUUGGUCAGUUCCGCAGGGGACAGAUUGAGGGUAUUUCAUACUGUUGUUUGCUUUCUUAGCAGUAAUUUGUCUAUUAAACUAUCAAAGUAUUUAUUAAGCAUUUUCUGGACGAUAUUUAACUAUGCGAUUUAUAAUCAAAUAUGUCGUUGAUUUGUCUGGAGAGGCGAGACCAGCUGGAUUACAUCAUUGUGCCUUGUAAUGUAUUAUGUGUUAACUGCAUAGUUGAUGAAUUACUGAGUCUGUUCGUGCAGCUUGUCGUUCAUGGACUAGCAAUCAGCGCCACCUAUUGUUAUGUUCUGGAUGCUAGAUUCAGUGUUAUCAUGAUUGAACUGAUUCUUAUGUGGUGUUUAAAAGGACACAGCAGACUGAUGAGACUAUUUUAGAUUGUGAUUGUGUGGAUGUACCCCAUAUUAUCUCCAGAUCUUGUGUGAUAUUGUGUACAUAGACUGUGUUUUUGAUGUUUCAACUUUCGUUUUAAAGUCUUUGCUGCCAUUUUAAGUCUUCGUAUUAAAGGAAUCAAUUAGUUUGAUCUCAGUUUAUGCCAUGUCACAUGACUGAAGGUCACAUGACUCUUCUUGAUCUGUUGUAAUAUAAAACAGUGGCUUGGUUGAGGUGUUUUGACCAAACAAUCAUUUUAGCUCAUUUAAGGUCUCAGUGUAAAGUAAUAUUUCAUUUGUUCAGCAUCUGUCACCAGAGAUAAAAGUGAUGUCCUCCACAAAACCCUGUUUCUGAUAUCAGGAUGGCAUUUGACACCUUUCCUUCUAUCUUAUUUUAAUCAAAUAGUUUGAAAACCAUAUCUGGUCUUUUUGUAUGGUACUAAGCCAUUUGCAUUUAGUUUUGUGUGCCAAGUUUAAAAUCAAAAGUCAAGAAAAUGAGUAAAGAAUUUGUAUUUCGGAAACCCAAGUAGUUAAAUCUAUCGACAUGAAAGAGUUUUAAUUAGGAAUGCUUGUAAAAAUGGGAAGUUUUUAAUGGCCUAGUCCAAAAUAGAUAGUCAUUCGCUCUUGAUUUGUGUCCUUGAAAUACAUUUGUUGGCAGCUGCCUUGAAUAUUUGGUCAUGGAGAAAAUUGUGAAUUUUUGAUAUAGCACCUGGGAUCUCAAAACACAAAACAAAUACUCAAAAUUUAGCCCAUUGACAUGUUAUGAUAAUAGUGAUUAUUUCAAGCCAGUCCUGCACUGAGCCAUGAGCAUUUAAAAGUGAUGAUAUUUCAUACCAAAAAUGAAAUUUUGACGAAUAUUAUUUUUGGCCGAGAAUUUACCGUGGUGAAAAGUUUCCCAUGUUCGAGGGUUUCAGUAGGUUAUUUAGAUCAUUUUCAAAUCUCUAAGUCCUAGAUGUGUCCAUGCUGGGACCCAGCAAAGAAUAUUUGCCCACCUGUGUUCGAACGACUCCUUCUUUUUAUUCUUUCCAGGAAUCAACUAAUCAAAAUCUUCAUUUUAUUUUGUGGAUUCAUGAAUUUGCAACUUGCGCGUCAUUUUAAUGUAGCAUUUUAACAACCCCGUAACAGUCAUUUCAAUGUGAUUUUCUGUAAUGCAGCCAUAGGUUUUUGCAACUAUCUGUGAUGUCAAAAACAUGAACAUAAAGGCACACAAACUUUUCCAGUUAUUGAACGUUGCUCGUUAAAGUCCGAGGGGCGAGGCCAGUUUGCAAAACCCAAGAUAGUAUUUCUUGCAACAUGUGGGGCUCAGCAUCGCCUUCAUGGCGCUAUUGUCACGCUCCCACAAUCCCAUUGUUGUGACAGUUAGACGAUGCAAGGACGGCUCGGUUUGUCAAGCAGAGAAUCAGCAACUUGGGAUUUGUCAACAUGUAGUAUGGAUGCACUCAACGUCCACUUCCUUGGCUUAGAUAAGAUGUUGUCCUUUUGAAUCAUGUUAAAAAUCAAUCAACUCUAAUUUUGAUUAAUGCCUUCCAUGUAUUAAAUAAAGGUCACCAAAAUGAUACUUUUGAUAGGGAAUGUACAUACUUGUAGUAAUAUCUGUAUCGGCUCUGACGAUUUUAUGUGAAGACUCAUUUCCAUUGGCAAAUAACAAACAGCACCAAUUCAUGGUUUACCCUUUUGUAGUAUUCCAGUGGGUCUCAGUUUGCGAGUUUUGAUCUACUGUUGUCAGAUCAGGAACAAUUGACCAGAGUACUUGGUCAUUUAACCAAUGAAUUUCUGCCACUCACAGGUCUCAUGUGAAUGUCACUGAUAUUUUAGGUUUUACUGACGUCAGAUGAAGCAUUGUACAGUGACUUAGUUUCUCUUCUUCAGUGUCACGAUGUCGGCAUUAGGGUAAGACAGACAGUCCUGAAGGUGAGGAAACAGGGAAGGGGUGGUGCCGGGUUAAGUUGGAUUGAUCCAAGAUGGCCGGCUAAUCAGGAUAAGAGGGGGUUUGCACAAGACUAUUCUUGGUGGUACAAAAUGUAUGCACAUCUGCUCGAUCUACAUUCUGAUAUGAUCAAAAUAUUUAGUAGUGGUACAAUACCUCAUUGUGAGUAUGUUGUACCAGUUGGCAAGGGAAACGCUGCGUGGCUUCGUCUUGAGCAAAUGACAUACUGUCAUUCUGUCAGAUUUUCAAGCCAAUCAUAAUUUUGAUUGCCAGUCUGGUGAUAUUGAAGGUGAGAAACUUGUAUGUAUAUAUUAUCCCACAAACGGAGGGUAUUUUGUUGAACAGUUGAUCAUAACGACAGUCCAAUAUUUUCAUUAUUUGGACGAGGACGUUUUGAAGAUGUGCGUAUAUUUCUAGAAAACUUGAAAAAGACUUGUAUUAAAGCAGGUUAAUAAAUUAUUUUAU